AUCUACGUAUAGUUUUAAUAUUCCAAUAAGAUUUUAUUACUGAGCGGAGUGUUGAAACGCACAGACGGGUGGUGUGCGUUGUGGAGUGGUUUAGUGCUAAAUAAUUUCAUACAUAAGCUACCGUUCAUUUGCCGAUAGGCGGUCGUAGUGAAACUCGGCACGACUCAGCAAUAAUCAAGGAUGGAGGGAGAAACAAAGCUGUUCACGCGUGAGGAGCUGAAGUGCAGGUGUAAGCGCGACGACGCAGUGCUCAUCAUCCACAAUGAAGUGUACGACGUGACCAAGUUCCUGGCCGACCACCCGGGCGGCGAGGAGGUGCUCCUCGAGAAGGCGGGUCAAGAUGCCUCCGAACCUUUUGAGGACGUCAGUCAUAGCUCCGAUGCCAGGGCCCUGAUGAAGAAGUACAAGAUAGGAGAGCUGGUGGAGUGCGACCGGGUGCAAACCAAAAACUCCUUCUCGCCUAACUGGAACAACGACCAGUCUCAGGAGCAGGGCAACUGGGGUUCCUGGCUGACGCCGCUGCUGCUGGGCAUCGCCGCGACGCUACUCUACAGGUACCUGUUCGCGUAGUGUCGCUACGCAACGCCACGCCACAGCCACGCCACGCGACGCGACCUGCAUUCAUCGACUAUAGAAGCAAUAAAACGCAGACUAUUUUGUACUGAAUACAUUGUGAGUUAGCCAAAUGCUUAAAAGUUAAAAAUUAAAAAGGAUUUUACAUCUUGUGUGUAAAAGUGCUAUGAUAAAAUAUGGAUCAUUGUCUACAUAGAAUACAAUCAGAGGCUAAAAUAGUUCGUACUGUUUACAAAGUUUAUACUUUAAACGAUAUAUUGAUUCGUUUUCUCUGAUUGGGAAGAAUUAUAUCUCAUAGAAAAUUACAAUACAAAUUGAACACCGUUUCGUUUUGAUAUAAAUAAUAUUGUUCGUUCCAAAAGCUUCGCGUGAAUUCUCCCUUGUCAGAGUAUACAGACUCGGCUCACGAACACGAAUUAUGAUACAGUUAUUUUGUCUGUACAAAGUGCAACAAUGGCUAUUCAACAUAUUUACCUGUAAAACUAAAUAUAGGUACCUAAUAUGCCUAAAGCGUAACUGCGUCCCAGACGACAUCGCUUCCAAUGAAGAGAGAAUUUUCUAUUAACUAAUGUUAAUGCAUAAUAUUAAGCAAUAUAAGAUAAGAAUGUACGGCGGUGCACGAUGCCGUGAGACAGUUGCCUAAAAUAGUUAUAAUAAAACAAAAUCGUGUAUCGUUUGAAGCCUACAUUAGCAAUUCAUUCGUACAACCAGUUUAAAAAUAGGACUCGAAAUUGCCAUACGUUUAAGAUUCUCGCUUACAUGUAGUAAAAGAGACAAAUUAGUCGCCGUGAAGUAUCUGUAAAUGAGGGGUAUAAAACGAAAUGGUCCCUGUCCAUUUUUCUAACAAGAUAUUUUGUGUAAUUCUCUAGUAUACCGAUAAUCUGAGUGUAGGAACGGCACUACAAGUGUGCAUCUUUGGAUUUUAAUAUAAUAAAGUUGUCAUUUCAGGGUAAAUUUCUUGAACAGGUUGUACUAAUUUAUGAUGUGCUUUGACGUCGCGUGGCGGUAGUGUCACAAAGUCCCAUUUGGGACCCAAAAAAUAAUUUAUUUUGACAUUGUUCUUGCUGCCUUGAGCCACGAAUAUAUGCUAUUGCUGUUUAAGUAAGGUGUUAUAAAGACUACGUUAGAUGUGUAAGCGGAAAGUGCAUUUUUAUUUUCUUUAACUAUGGGCUACUGUUAAUGGAGUUGUACGAUAUUUUUCGUCAAUGUUGCAUUUGUUGGUGUGACGUAUGUACAUUAUUUCAACUUACGUAUCGGCAAUAUCUAUAGGUCCGGAUACCCGUGAGGACGGGAGCACUGUCUGUAACUGUAGCGCUCGCCUAUAACACUGCGAGUUAUUUUACUGACAUGUGUAUUCCGGGGAGCUCACAGAUAUUACCGACGAGUAGUAAAUAUGCUCACCCACAACAUAGCUAUAUUUAUUAGUUGAAUCAUUUAUUUAAUUCAUGUUAGUUUUACUGUAGCUGUUUGCCAACAUAAUAUGUGUUGAAAUAUUGGAGUGAAAUAAUAUACGGAGCAUACCAGUUAUUAUGCUUUUUGUUUGUAAGCAAAGUUAUUUUGUGGUAUAUAUUUACAUGAAUGGAUGAGGGUAUUUUUAGGUGCUGACUUUCAAUAAUUCGCCUAGCUUGCGAGAGUUCGUGUGUUUUUACCUAUAUAUUCUAUAAAAUAUGUCAAUUAUAACAAAUUGUCCAUUUAUGUAUAGAUGAUUCAUAUAUUUCAUAAUUUUGCACAAAUAUAUGUUUUAUGUAUAUGUUGUGAGACUUGAGCGCACAAGUGGCCUGUAGUGUGAAGGUAAUAAAAGUGCAGGUUAUUUAUACCUACAGUAACUUGGUGUGCAAGUCAUAAAAGCUUGCAAUAUAAUUCUGAAUCAUAUUCACCAAUAAGACUAAUCGCUUAAGGACAAUCAAUUAUAAAAAGUGCAAUUAAUUCUUAGAAGUACUUAAUACAUUUAUUAAUAUGGAUUCUCAUUAUAAAAUGUUUGCUCGUAACAGUACAGUUCAAAGUUAUAUAAAUGACAAAUAAACAUAUUUCCCUACUUUUAUGGAACAGUAACUACAGCAAUAAUUAUAUUAUUUUAAGGUCUAUUGGCAUAGUUCUGGAAACCUAUGAAGGACAUAGUUGUAGUAGAAGUUACACCAUGCAAUGAUGAAACAUUUUUUAUUACUUUACAUUAUGCACUAUUAAUAUAAUUCCAUAAUAAAGUGUAGUUUUGAGUAAAGGCUACUUGUGCACUUCAGGUAAAAGUUAACACACUAGUCACUGUUAUAAAGUCCUAGGAAGAGUGAUAGUUUAUGAAAACUUUAUGACACAGCAGGUCAUUGACCCCUGUACAGCUGUUUGCAUAACUAAUUAAAAAAAUUAAAUGUAUGUUGAACUACAUUUGUAUUUGGUUUUAAAAAGUUCUAAUGCCUACUAUAGUGGCUUUUUGCACAAUUUAAUUGAAAUGAAAAUCCUAACUGAAUAUAAAUCAUACAUUUACUUUUAUAUACUGCUAGUGGUGAAUAUCUGUAGACUGCAUUGAAAUUUCUACUCUGUUGCGUCAGUUAACCUGUUAUUAGUCUCAAAGUGUUCCUUACAAUUUUCAAAUAAUUAAUACACAUAUAAAUUGUGUUUAUUUGCAGACUAGUACCCGUCUACACACUUAUUACAUGUGCUCAGUCAUACAAUAUGUCCACAGAUAUUUAUUGCCAGCAUCACUAUUCUUGAGUCCUAAAUAUCAGUGACUAGUAACACUUCUCAGUUGUGACGUAUGUAUGUUUAUUUAUAACAAUUAUUUGUACAUUUUGCAUAUUGUUUGUAUACUUUAAAGUGUUGGAUGCAAAGGUGUAUGACUUUUGUUACAUUAUACAUAAACCAUGAAA